AUGGAUGUUAAGAAGGCCAAUGAGCUAAUCAUGGCUGGUUCUACUGGUCAAUCAUCAGCUGCAAGGCUUAUCGAAAUCGCAAGAUCGAGCUUCAACAAGGUAUCUUCCAUGGAAUCUUUCGAUAAUCUCUCCGAGCUCAACAAGUUCUUCAAUGGCGGUCACUUUAACCUUACGGGCAACGAGAUCAAAGACGUUGAGCUCGUGAUUCUUUUAUUAGCUUCAUCUAACGAUAUCAGUAAUCAACGAUUGGAUCGUGCGAGUAAGUUCCUCAACCUAUGUGAUUUCUUGUCUUCCAAUGUUGGGACAACAAUCCAGAGAGUUGUCCAUUAUUUCAGCAAAGCUCUACGAGACAAAAUCGACAGAGAAGAUUGGGUAACCUCAUCAAAAACCGGUGGGGAUACUAAUAAUAAACUGUCACACCCUGAUGAAACAAUGGUGAGUUUGAGCCCUGCACUCAUUACAUGUUCAUUGAAGCUUCCAUUCAUUCAAGUCACACAGUUCGCGGGUCUCCAAGCCAUCAUAGAAAGCGUUGCUUCAUCGAAACGGGUUCAUUUCAUCGACAUGGCUAUAAGAAGUGGAGUUCAAUGUAUAUCCCUAAUGCAAGCUCUAGCAACUCGGGAUGAGCCCCGAAUCGAGCUUCUCAAAAUAACCGCCAUUGGAACGACAUUGCAGACCAAGAUCGAAGAGACAGUCAUGGUGACCAACCUCGAACACAUUGACGUGAACUUGUUCGAGUUAAACGAUGAUGAAUCCGUUGUUGUCAGCUCCCGUCUCCUGCUGAGAAACACGUUAAGACAGCCCGGUAGCUUGGAAUCUAUGAUGAGAAUGUUCAAGAACUUGAAUCCAUGCAUUGUGGUGAUCACCGAGUUCGAAACAGAUCACACGUCCGGGAUCUUCCUGGACCGUUUCUCGCAAGCGCUAACAUUCUACACCGCGUUUUUCAAUUGCCUCGAGGAUUGUAUGGAUAAAACUGACGAAAAUCGGAAGGUUUUGGAAGGUUCAUACUUAGGUGAAGAGAUUAAAAACAUCGUCGCAGCUGGAAACGAUGAUAGGAUCUUCAUGGACAUGAAAAUCGAAGAAUGGAGAAGCUUAUUCACGAGCUUCGGAAUGAUGGAAACCGAGUUGAGUUCUUCGGCAUUGUAUCAAGCCGAUUUGGUGGCUAAACAGUUUGAUCCUGGGAAUUCUUGUAGCUGUAAUAUGAACGAGAAGUCAUUGGUUGUUAACUGGAAAGGGACUCCAAUUGUAUCUCUGUCUACUUGGAAAUUAUGUUAA